AUGUUGUACCCUGUAACACUUUCCCCAACGAUGCCACCAAAAUUGAGAAAAAAGAAAAAAUCUCCAACAGCUCCCAAGGAGGACAUCAAUGUUGGCACAUCUUCGAAGGGUAUAGAAAAGCCCGAGGAAAUAGUAUCGCCUUUCCCAAGGGAACCGUCUACAGUUUCUAUGGAGGGUGUUGAGUCCACCGAAAUUGCCCCAUCUACGAAAGACAGAGAGGUUACUUCAACUACUCCAAGCGUUGAAGAAAUCAAGAAGUGGAGUCCUGAGCAGGUUAUCACUUUCCUAAAGUCCAAGAAAAAUGAGUUAUAUCUCAGAGAAGAAGAUAUCAAAAUAAUUGAGGAUAAUUGGGUCGCCGGUCAAGCAUUCCUUCUUCUAACCGAAGAAAAUCUCCUAAAUAAACCCUAUAAUCUUGUUGGCGGUCCAGCAAAAUCAAUCGCGUAUUUGAUUGAAACUCUCAAGGGCGGAGAAGUGACGCUAAAGCGUAAAUAUGAAUCACCAGAAGAGUUAAGUAAUAUUAUAGAAAGUGCGGUAGAUAAAUCGGUAGAGAAAUCGGUAGAGAAAGCAUUUUCCCGGCAAAAGCCUGAUGUUAUCUCGGUAUCAAAGCUUUCCGAAACAAUGAUGAAAAAAAUUAUUGAUGAUAUUGGAAUAAAGACUGCAAAUUUAUCGGUGGAAGACUUUCUACCACUUGAAACCGUGUCAUGCGAACCAUUCAGAUGGGAUAUAGAGAAGGAGGAAGCUCAUCAAAUGCAAGAUGUUGAGAAAUGGUUUAAGAAUGUACUGAUGCUACCAAGGAAUUUCCACGUGAAAGAUGUUCACAAACAAGUAAACUAUCAACGACAUUUGCGAGGUGCAAACACUAUUAUAACAGGUGGUGCCGAUAUAUCUGUCGGACCAAGUGAGACAGCUUGCGUUUGGAUUGAAACUAAGAAAACAUUGGAGGAUUUUAAAGAAGGUCAAGCCAUGGGAGAAUUAUUCUUAAUAGAUAAACUCCAUCCGACAAAUGCAAUGACCGUCUUAACGGAUUGCAAUGAUAAUUGGAUAAUUUACUUCUUCAUGAAAAUAAAAGAUGAACAAUACAUAGCAACGUCUAGAAUUAAUAAUCGUCAUACCGCUUUGGCGAUAAUUAAACAGUUUGUGCUUGAAGAAGGACAAAAUUUUCACAAGUGGAUAGGAAAAGACAUCACCUAUCAGGUAAACUUGCCUGCGCCUCUUAAAAAGAAAACAAAAUUCCUCGAAAGCAUAACUGAAGCAGAUGAUGCCAGAAUGGCAGACAUGGUUGGCGACAUGUCAGAACAAGAAUUAUUCAACAUGACGGCUCGAAAAAAGUUAAUGUUAGUAAGAGAUUACUGUAGAUUGGAUGAACAGCCACAAGUGGAUCAACUUAUUAGGCAGUUUAGUGAUAAUUAUGAAAAUCCACCGAUGAUGUUCGCAUAA